AUGCAACUCAUUGCCAGUGGAUCGUCCACGGAAACAUCUUGCAGUACUUGUGGAUCACCACUUCAAAAGAGCCACAGUACUUGUAAGUCACCACAGCCAAGGCGUCGCAGUACUAGUAAGUCUCCACAGCCAAGGCGUCGCAGUACUAGUCAGUCUCCACAGCCAAGGCGUCGCAGUACUAGUAAGUCACCACAGCCAAGGCGUCGCAGUACUAGUAAGUCACCACAGCCAAGGCGUCGCAGUACUAGUAAGUCACCACAGCCAAGGAGUCGCAGUACUAGUAAGUCACCACAGCCAAGGAGUCGCAGUACUAGUAAGUCACAACAGCCAAGGCGUCGCAGUACUAGUAAGUCACCACAGCCAAGGCGUCGCAGUACUAGUAAGUCUCCAAGGAGGAGAAGUCGCAGCACCAGUUGUCCACCUCUCCGAAGGAAUCAUAUUAGAGGUAAAACACCUCUGCGACGUUCUAGAAGUAGAAGUAGUUCGCGUCACCGAAGGAGUUGCAGUAGAUCACCAUGGCGACGGUCUAGAAGUAGGAGUUGGUCGUAUCAUAGGAGUUGCAGUAUAUCACCAUGGCGAUGGUCUAGAAGUAGGAGUAGGUCGUGUUACCGAAGGAGCUGCAGUAUAUCACCUUGGCGACGAUCUAGAAGUAGGAGUACUUCUUACCGAAGGAGCUGCAGUAUAUCACCAUGGCGACGGUCUAGAAGUAGGAGUACUUCUUGUUAUCGAAGGAGCUGCAGUAUAUCACCAUGGCGACGGUCUAGAAGUAGGAGUACUUCUUGUUACCGAAGGAGCUGCAGUAGAUCACCAUGGCGACUGUCUAGAAGUAGAAGUAGGUCGUUUCAUAGGAGUUGCAGUAGAUCACCAUGGCGACGGUCUAGAAGUAGGAGUAGGUCGUUUCAUAAGAGUUGCAGUACAUCACCUCGGCGUAGAAGCAGAAGUAGGAGUAGGUCUUGUUCUUAUUCACCUUCUCGACGAUCACGCUCUAGGUCGCGAUCUCCCGAGCAACAAAGGACACGUUCAUGUUCUACGUCACGACCCCAAAAUCGACGAUCAGUUUCUAGAUCACGGAGUCGUAGCAGAUGUCCAUCACCCUACUAUAGUAGUCGGAGUAGAAGUCGAUCACCCUAUGCAUGGAGUCGUAGCAGAAGUCGAUCACCCAACUAUAGUAGUCCGAGUAGAAGUCGAUCACCCUAUGCAUGGAGUCCAUCACCCAACUAUAGCAAUCGGAGCAGAAGCUUGUCAUAUUCUGGAUAUUCAAGUGGUUCCUUUGGAGAUUUAUCUAGCCGCAGUGUUAGUAGGAGUUGUAGCAGAAGUCGAUCACCACAAAUAAUGCGCUCUUUCAGUCGUAGCAGAAGUAGAUCGUUUUCCAGGAGUCGUAGCAGAAGUAGAUCGCGUGGAAGAAAGCGUCGCAGAAGAAGAUCGUUUUCCAGGAGUCGGAGCAGAAGUAGAUCGCCUGCCAGAAGGCGUCGCAGAAGUAGAUCGUUUUCCAGGAGUCGUAGCAGAAGUAGAUCGCCUGCCAGAAGGCGUCGCAGAAGUAGAUCGUUUUCCAGGAGCCGGAGCAGAAGUAGAUCGCCUGCCAGAAGGCGUAUUAAUAGAAGAGGUCGCAGAAUUAACCGGAGAAGGAAAAUCCAAAAGAAGAAUAAAGCACAACAGGAACAUGAAAAGGAUUCAGGAAAACCCGUUGAUAUUGAUGAAAAUGUUACCGAAUUUUUCUUUGCCAACGCUUCAGUAGAUGAACAUUUCAAAGCUCAAAACCAAAAUCGUUCGAAAUAUAUCUCGGGCUUCACAUUGCUACACCAAAAAGGAGUAGAGCUGCAUCAGCGAGUCCGAGUUCGUGCUUUAGCUGCCAGCUGGGCAAGAAAUGACUUUAAGUUAUCAACAGAUUUCCUUUGUGACCGUGACAGAUAUGGAGUUGUGGAGAUACUGAAAGCGUUACAAAUAUUGGAUUCGGGAAGGUGUAUUCGACAAAAAGAAAAACAAUUAAAACGGCUUCAAGUAACGCCGGGGAAAGUGUCUCGAUGCACAAUUAAAAACCUGAAAAACAAAAUCAAUAAUUUGAGACAUUUACAGCCAAAACAUGGAUCUGCAAAUGGACCAGUUUGUAAAAAUGUCCGUAAAUGGACAAAGACAUUAAGAAAGCAAGAACUUGAGCUCUAUGCCCUCCACCUGCCCAAGAAACCAUGGAAGAAACUAGCAGAUAUUUGUCAUUUGAACCCAGUUGAUGAUUUUCCUAGUGUACCAUGGUUUCUUCCUUACUGUUUUGACCAACCAGCACCAAGUGGAACUGUAGUGCACGUUUGUAAGGAUUUGAACAGAAAAAACAUAAACGAAAAACUGAAAAUAUGUGACAUUCCAUAUACCCACUGCAGGAAGUUCCGAAAAUACUUAAAUGUUGAGUCAAAAAUCAAAAUUGCAACAUCAGAGCCUCAGCUAGACACUGUGCUGUGGUAUUACGAAGACUUAGAAUGCCGUCAGGUUGAUGAAGUAAUCAUGCAACGGCUCGAUACUGGGGACACAAGUAACCUACCGAUAGGAAAACUAAUGGAUCGAUUACUCACAUUGAAACAUUUAGCACGCGGAUUCCGUUCUGGCAAGAGAACAAUAGAAAAAUACAAAAUUCCUUUCAUGAAAACAUUGAUAAACCUUGCUGAUUCGAAACUUCAGAACAUCAAGCUGAAGUUGGAUUCACCUGUUGUAGUACUGGGAGAUCGUUCAGCAUCGAUGGACAUCGCGGUAAGAACUAGUUCUGUCAUAUCUGGAAUUCUUUGCUCUAUUUGUUCGGCAGACCUUGUCGUUUUCAACAAUCGGUGUCAGCGCCCAACAAGUGUACCAGGAAAUGUCGAUGAAGCACUGAAGCUCGCUAUGAAAACACGGGCACAUGGUGGCACAAAUCCGUCAGCGGCUUUGAAACCUUUUUACAAGAGGAAGAAGAUUGUUAAAACAUUCAUUAUUGUGACAGACGAAGAAGAAAACAUUGGAAAUUUUGCAGACCUCUUUGAGAAAUAUCAUGCAGAGGUUUAUCCAGCAAAGCUUGUGUUUGUCUCCUUUUUGGCUCAACACCAAAGAGGAGAAAUGUGUACUAGAUUGAUGGAGAAAGGGUUCAAUCCCUUACAGUUUGUACUAAAUUCAGACAGACCCGAUUUGACAAAAUUAGAAAAACUGUUUGGGAUCCUAGCUUCAGACAGUACUUCGUUCACCGAAGAACUUUCUAAUUUUCAAAAUGAAACCUCUGGCAACAUCUGCUCCAGUGAUACAUAA